AUGUUUACAAGUUCUUUUAAUUAUUCUGAUGGAAGUGCAUUGGGAAACAAUAUCGUUCGACCCAUCGAUGCAUUCAAUGAAUAUAUAUCUCAAGACAUUAUGAAAUUAAUUGUUAAUCAAACGAACGUUUAUGGACAGCAGCGUUGUGUUGAAAAAGGUAAAAAUACAACAGAUUGGACGGAAAUCGAUUCAACCCAAAUUUAUUCAUUUAUGGGAAUCUUACUUAUCAUGGGUUUUCACAAAUUACCACGAAUUCGUGAUUAUUGGAGUAAUGAUCGGAAUCUUUUUACACCAACUGUCGCCAAUGUAAUGACAAGGGCUGAAUUUCAACGAAUUUUUUCCAACAUUCAUCUUGCUACUAAUACAAAGUUUUCAUCGAACCUUUCUACUGAGAAUAAACAACAUAAAGAUUCUGUUUAUCUAUUGAUGAGUUCAUGGUAA